AUGACAAUGGAAAAGUUGAUUUCCUAUUUCCUCUUGGUCAUCCUUUGCUCCAUUCCAAUCACAGCCGCCAGCGACGAGGAGUUUUUCUUGCGAUCCGCAAAAUGGGCCAAACUUGCCCCAUCAGGUGGCAGUCUUGUGUCGGGUAGAGGCAACUUCAGACCCGGUUUUGCUGACCGAUCAUGGCGAUCGGCUAUCUACGAACCGACUUUCACUCUCAGAAAGAGAAGUGGACCGGUGAGGAUAAUUUCUGCCGCUGAACCUCUCUAC